AGCUUAUAACUCAUUGUUAUAGGUGACGGCGCGUGCCUCUUGUUUUAUUGCUUAAUUUAGACCAAAGUUUCCGCUAUUUACGUGCUCUCUCGUCACCCGCGGCGAUCAUUAUAGAAUUAAUUUAAUUAAGUCAUUUGAGACUGAAAAGUUGGAUAUAUGAUACGGAAUUAAAAGAAGAUCGGCCAUGUCGCAAACCGUUUGCGAGGCUCUGUAUCCGUUCAAAGGAACUGAAGGACAGCCAUCACCUCUUAUAUUUGAAUCCGGGGAAAUAAUCUCUGUUAUUAAGAAGCAUGUCAAUGGAUGGUGGGAGGGUGAGAAAGAGGAUGGUCAAAGAGGAUGGUUUCCUGCAGCUUAUGUGAGAGAAAAGCCGCUCCCAUCACCCCCACCACCAGAAGAGAGCCCUCCCUCCCCCCCUCCUCCAGGGCCCCUCCCCCCAGGAUGGAGAGAAGCCAAAACACCAGAUGGGAGAACAUACUAUUAUUUCAAGAAAACUAAAGAAACGACAUGGGUACGGCCGGCAGCUAGAUACUCUGGUGAAAAAGAUAAAAGUAUAAAAAGUCCGAAUAGCAUCAGAGUAUACAAUGGUCAGAGAACACAUUCAAGAGGUCUUUCAGACGCUUCAUCACCUGGAAAUUCUCCUCCCACAAGUCCUGGUCCUGUGAAGAAAGAAAAUACUGAAGAAAAACCAGUCUGUUAUGUGGUCAAUGGAGUCUGCCUUCCUGAUGCUAAAAGAGCGAAAGAACAAGAAUUAUUACAGCCAGGAAGAUAUAGUUAUUGUGACUAUUUCUGGAGAGACAAAGGCGACAAGCAUGUAUAUGAAUCUGGUUUCUCAGUUAUACUUGCUAAACAACAAAAAGGGAAACACCUUUGUAAAGAAAUGUCGGAAUUAUUUAAAGCCAGGGAAGCACUUGAAAUGCAGUAUCGAGGGCUUGCAUUAUUAUCAUCAGAAAUAUAUGCAGCAACAGAAGAAGGAACUCUUAGUGAAGCCUGGAAACAAGUAAAAGGUUCAUUACUACAAGAAUCAAAAAUUCAUAAAGAUUUUGCAACUAAGUUGCGGACUGAAAUAGAGAAACCUCUUGCUGAAUACAAAGAUGACGGGAAGAAGGAAAAUAAAAGAAUGGAAACUUCAAUGAAUGAAUUCAGGAAGCAACUAACACAUAGACAUCAAGCAGUCGAGCGAGAAAAAAUCACAAUGAAUGAACGACAGAAAGAUUUAGAAAUGAAAUUGCAAUCACCUAAAAAGUAUGGUCUUGUGUCAAUAUGUUAUAAAGCUAAAAGAAAGUCAACAAAACAAAGAGAAGACCUAGGGCAAGCAAUCUCAUUAUACAACACAGCUAAAGAUCAUUGGUUUGAAGAAAUGGUGACGUCAACAUUAGUCUUGGAAAAGAAAGAAGUGGAAAGAAUUAAUUUAGUGAAAACACAACUUGAUAAUUAUGUCAAAUUACUACAAGAUGUUUCAAGUAAAACUAAAAAGACGAGCGAAAACGUGAAGCAAAAAACAGAAGCAGUUGAUCCAGCGAAAGACAGAGAAUUAUGGGUAAAACAGAAUAAAACAGGGACAGUACGGCCCAUUGACAUGGUGAAAAGAUAGUUCGAUUUAUGUGUUAAAUCACAUGUGGCACAGGAUUGUGUGCUAAGCCACAUUGGAAUCAUGAAUCAAUUUAAUUUAUGUGGUAUGGCAUAUGUGACCUCUGCAGUUCGAAUUAUGUGGCAAGCCACAUAAGAUUAUUUGCAAUAGUGAAAAAAAAGAUUUAUGUGGCACAUGUGCUACAUGUGCUAAAUCGACAUCUUGAUAAAAAAGAUAUAUAUGUGCUGCCCCAUGUGACCAAAAGAUGGUUAAAUAUAUGUGGUAUGACACAUGGGCCCAUCUAUCAGAUCUAUGUGCUGGGCCUAUUAUAUUUCCCAUACGACCCAGAAUUAUGAUGUAUGGGUCUCAUAACACCAUUUGCAAUAAUAGAAGGUCACAUUCAAAUCAUGAAAAUUCAUAAUUAUGUGGUGCACUGCCAUAAAUUAACCCUACUGUCUCACUCAGCGUGGUCCAAGGUUGUCGACUCCGGGGGACGCAAAAUUUUUUUUGCAUUGUUCGCGGGCCACAAUAGUGCCAAAAAUAGGUAAACAGUGCAAUAGAAAACAAGCACUUAUAUUGUGCAAACAUAUAUGGCUAUUUCCUGACGAAACAAUGAUAAAUGCGAUUUUCGAUUACUCUCCAGCAAAUGUACACUGAAAAUGAAGCUGCAUGCCACAUGCGGUCCGUGAGACUGGGUUUGAACCACCCUGGUCUAACUUAUGUGGUAAUUCACAUCGAAUCGAAACCAGUUUUAACCAUUUUAUUCAUAAAUUGGCACUAUACAUUAUUUGGCAUUGUGAAUCAUAAUCGGUACCAAGUCAGAACCAUUGUGAUAUCACACUCUAUCUUCUAAUGUUAUCUUUUAUUUCCUUCAUAAUGCUUGUGAUGUAAUAAUGAAGCAUACUUUUAUAUUGUUCUAUAAUAAUAAUUACAUUAAAUCUGUAUUGUUAAUUGAAGCCAUCCUAUUUUACAAUAUUAAAUAUAUUUUAUUCUCUUCUUACAUUUAAAAUAAUACAACCAAGUAAAAAAGUUAAUAUUAUAAAAAUAAUCCGUUUCGCUAUUUUAACUAGUUUAAAAUAUUCAGCUUGAAACAUUGACAUAUUUAAUUAUAAAUGCUAUUCAUCUUUGAUGAAUAUGGUCAGGGGUUCUCCGGUAGGAGGCCAAAAAAUGUGGUUUUUCAAGCGGCCUGACGUCUAAAAAGCGUUCCAAGUUGCAUAAAAUGUAUGAUACAGAAAGAACUUUUUUUUAUAUUUCAACAGGGGAUUCCGAGUCGCCCUAUUGAAAUUUUAAUUUCAUGUCACCAUUCACUUUUAUUCCUAAAAUAUUUGCAAAAACGAGACAGUGAAAGUUCUUUUUUCUAGUGUGCUAGCAACCGUUUAUGUUUUCAAAUUAGGUACGAUUUGCGUUCGAUACAAGUUAAACAUUCAAUUUCAUAAUGACAUGACCCUUGCUCAUAAAUUGAUUAGUUCUCCUAUUUGGACCUUUCUUAUAUGUUAGCAAGGGACUAUUUUUUGACACGUAGUGAACAUGACGAUCGUUUCAAUAUUAUGUUGUUGUUCUUUGACACGUUUUAAAGAAAUCGCUUUCCUCUUUGAUUAUUGGACCAAUUGCUUUGAAAUUUUUAGUGAGUAAAUAUUAUAUUUUUUGCUAAAGUGCUAUUACUUUUAUUUUUUGCUAUGACGUCAUCAAAAUUAUGUGGUGGAAACUACGUGUCCAUAUAUUUGAGCAUAGCUUUCUUGUUAUUGAAAUACUGGUGCAAAGCGCAGAUUAAUGAUACAGCAUGCAAAUUAAGUGUGAUUAAUUUCCCAUAUUGUAUUUUUUUUUAAAUAUAAGUACGAUGCACAUUGGAUACGGAUAAGACAUUUGAUUUUAUAUUAAUGUUAAACUUGCCCCAAUAUAAUGAUUAGCCUUCCUUUUUACAUCUCUUAUAUGUUAGCAAGGGACUAUUUUUCAAAGUACAGAUUAAUAGUACAGCAUUCAGAUUAAUUAUGUUUAAUUCUCUAUAUUGUGUUUUCCCUGUGCGUUAGCAUGCAACUAUUUUCUAUAACAUUGGUGCAAAGCGCGUUGUGUACAAGUUUACCAUUGGAUUCAUUUCAACCUACAAUUUGCCGAUGAAUUGAUCAGUUUUUACUAAAUUCUAUUUUUUUUUCCACAAUGUUUUAGCAAGUGCCAAUUUUCCAAAAUACAGGUGAAAAGCUCACAUUUAUGAGUACAAAUUGCACAUUCUAUUCUAGAUUCUACUUUUUUCCUAAUGUGUUAGCGGGGGUUGUUUAAAAUGUUGGUGCAAAGCUCACAUUACCUCAUACAGAGUACAGUUUGGGCGCUUGAUUACAACAUAAAAUUUGCCCAUUAAUCGAUACGCUUUCUAAAUUCUACUUUUUUCCAAUGUGUUAGCGAGUGUUGUUCAAAAUGUUGGUGCAAAGCUGAAAACAAUGGGUACAGAGGACAGAUGAAGCAUUUGAGUUUAACAAACCCGAUUACACUCAUUUUCAAAAAUAAAUGCAAAGCUGACAUUAAUGGGUACUAGUUACAUUUUAAGCGAUUGAUUUUAAUAUACAAUUUGCCGAAUGUUAUUGAUUAUAUUCAUUUUACUAAAUUUUUAAUAUUUAUCCAUUUUUGCUGAUUUCAUUGUUUCAAGUUUCAUUUUUGCGGUGUUUUUCAAUAAUUCUGUAUAUUUUAUGAUUUUCUUUCACGUUUUGAACUAAAAACCCGUUUUUUUGCGGAAAAUAUUAUCCUAAAAUUAUUAAUUUCUUUUAACAAAGUUAUAUCUUUCACUUUCCCAAAACUUUUCAAACUCGCAACGCAUUCAUUUUUUCACAUAACAAAUUAGAACAAAAUUUGUCUCCUUAACGAUUAAAUUACAACAAAAUUUUUUUAAUUUAUGUAUUACAUGCGAUACGCGAGCAAGUUUUUGUCCGCAUAACGAUAACCUAGCAAGUAAAUACAGGGAGUCGUCGACUUACGAUGUUGUUCCGUUUUCGAGACGCGGUGUAACCCGAAUUUCAGUGUAAGUCGGAACAUUAUACUGUACAGUACAUAAAUUACUCUAUACAUAUCGUACUGUAUUGUCCACGUCAUUUUAGAUGUAAAUGACAAAAACCAAUGAGCUCAAAGCAAUGAUUUUCUUGAUCACAAUGAUCCAGUUUAAGAACUUAGAUAUUACAGUACAGUAUUAACUUUUAUGUUUGUGUGGAGUGCGUUUGUAACCUCGAAACAGCGUUAUGGAGUGCGCGUUCGUAACCUUGAAACAGCGUUAUGGAGUGCGUGUUCGUAACCUUGAAACAGCGUUACGGAGUGCGCGUUCGUAACCUCGAAACAGCGUUAUGGAGUGCGCGUUCGUAACCUCGAAACAGCGCAAGUUGCGAUCGUCCUAACCCGAGGAUUCCCUGUAUACCCUUUCAUUAAAUCACAAUGCUUCUAACAAAAGAAUUCUGUAACCAUUCUGAUUCCCGAGAGCCAGAGUUUUGGUAACAAACAGCUGCAUGUAGCUUCGAAUUCGCAUGUUGCCGAUCGAUGGUCUUACGGUCAAAUCGUUAGACUUAAGUCUUAUGGUAUUGGGAAGUAAAUUCGGUUCUUUUAGACCGGUGGUUCUUAAACGGUUGGGCGUGUCCCUAAAGAGGGGCAGUAGACGAUUUUUGAGGGGGGGGGGGAAGCUAAAUAAAAUUAAUUGUUGGAUUUGAUUUUGCCCGUCUUCUGGAUAUUUAAAUUUUUUAUUUUGGAUAUUUACGUUCCAUAUAUGAAUUUUCAGAUUUUUUUUGUGUGAAACAUACGUUCGCCUUAAUAAAUGUUGAUUAUGGUUUAUUGUUAGCUAGUUAUGGACAAAUUUUAAAAAUGGAGCGCAGCUUAAAAAGUUCGAAAACAACUGGUUUAGACAUCGUUACAUACUUCUUAUGCGCAGACUUGUUCAGUGGGAUAGGCUUACAAAUAAGGAAAAUAUAUAAUUGGAUAAAUAAUAACGACACUGAAUGUUCAAUGUACAAAAAUAAAUUUAUUUUUUAGGAAAUGAAUUGAUAUUUUGGCACGCAUUAGAGAUUCUCGAAUCGCGGGUGUUACUUUUUUAAUCGGUAUCAUUUUGACCUUUCGUUUGUUUCAAAGUUACACCACGCAUGCUAUUGUGUCUUGGUGAAACUCUUGCUUAUUUCUAGGAAGUUAUUCCAAACUAACUUUGAUUCAUCACAAUUUUUCUAAUAUUUAUUGGAUAAAAUUGUGGCGAUUCAUCAGCAAAAACAUUUUUAUAUUUUCGCCUUUUUAUUCUCAUCCAUAUCACGAGCAGUAUUUGAUUGUUUCGUUUCAAAAUGAAGCUUGUUGUAGUUACUCAUUGUGGCGUCAUCGCUCAUUGUGAUAUCAUAUGCUAUAGCGUCGUUAUGAUUCAUUCAUGACGUGACUCAUUGUGAUGUCAUUAUUCCAUUGCCAUAUUUUUGAUGGAACAUAAUAGGAACCUUUAUGUCCAUUAUAAUGUAAAAAUCAAUCCUUGUUUCAUGCCACAAAAUAAAUACAGUUACUGCCGACGCAUUCUUUAAUUUAAGCUGCUUUCCAUGUGCCUUAUAUGGGUAUAUCGUUCGAUGAUGUCACAAAUUGAUGACGUCAUAGACAUCGUUCCGAAUGUUGUAUAUUUUCUCGCUAAUAAUAAUUGUAUGCAAUUUAUAUUCAAUGCUUCUUAACAACUUUAUUCUUAAUAUUGAAAUUCGUUACAGACAUGUAUA